UAGCUAAAAGGAGUGAAGCUUCAAUUCGUAUCUCAGUGUUAAACUGAUAUACCAAGAAAAAGAGAAAGAAAAAAGAUACAAAAAAACAGAAGAAAUGAUAUAUGGAUAAUAAGUUUUUAUUAAAAAAUCCGUUUCACUUCAACCGAAAAUUAAACGGUGAAGAUUUCGCGGCACGACUGCGCAGACGGAGGAGCUGUGGGAUGAUGAUUCGUCAUUGUCAUCGGCUACGGCGGAGUUAAUCGGAACGAGGGAGACGAUGUCGUCCGUAUAUUGAUGCAUCAGCUUUAACCAGAUUUGGAUAUUUGUGUUCAUAGAAGCACUGGAAUUUAUAAUUAGGAGAAGUUUUCUCAGAAGUGUGUGGCAGGGUUCCGAUUAACCUCACAUGUCAUUUAUAGGACUGAAUAAAAUUAAUCAGUUCUGCAAGUGUUGAAUACUGAUGUCAAAUGUCUAGGAAGCCUCGAUUUGUGACAUGGAGAACUUCAGCAGCUGAUUUAUCCUUCCUUUUUCUUCUCUUAAGGUCACGAUUGAAGAUUGAUUUCUAGAAGUACAUUGGGUAAAAAAUCUGGCUGUGACGUUGUCAUGGCUACAUGUUAAAUUAUUGGAAUAAGACAUAAUAUAUUUUGAAACCAUCCUGCUUUGUCUAUAUACAGCUGAUGUUUUUUGGGACAUCGAUUUGUAAUAGUUGACAUUGUAGUAUAAGGAAAUCAUGGAACAAGCAUCAGAGAAAAAAUUUCCCCAUAAUGCUGAAGAUUAUGAGUUGUAUGAGGAAGUUGGAGAAGGUGUUAGUGCUACUGUAUAUAGAGCUCUUUGUGUUCCACUAAAUGAGAUUGUUGCCAUCAAAGUUCUUGACCUUGAGAAGUGCAAUAAUGACUUGGAUGGUAUUCGGCGUGAGGUACAAACAAUGAUUUUGAUUGACCAUCCAAAUCUCUUGCGGGCACACUGCUCCUUCGCCACUGGGCAUAAUCUAUGGGUUGUAAUGCCUUACGUGGCUGGGGGAUCUUGCCUACACAUUAUCAAAUCAGCUUAUCCAGAAGGUUUUGAGGAGCCUGUUAUUGCUACAUUAUUACGUGAGGUCCUCAAAGCACUUGUUUAUCUUCACGCCCAUGGACAUAUACAUAGAGAUGUAAAGGCUGGGAACAUUUUGGUUGAUUCUAAUGGCGCCGUUAAAUUAGCAGACUUUGGAGUCGCUGCAUGCAUGUAUGAUACUGGUGAUCGUCAGCGUUCAAGAAAUACGUUUGUUGGAACCCCAUGCUGGAUGGCUCCUGAAGUCAUGCAGCAAGUACAUGGAUAUGAUUUUAAAGCAGAUAUUUGGUCAUUCGGGAUCACAGCUCUUGAACUUGCUCAUGGUCAUGCACCGUUCUCCAAGUACCCACCAAUGAAGGUUCUACUAAUGACUCUACAAAAUGCACCACCAGGGCUGGACUAUGAAAGAGACAAAAAAUUCUCUAGGUCUUUUAGAGAAAUUGUUGCUGCUUGCUUGGUGAAGGACCCUAAAAAACGUCCUACCUCAGAAAAGCUUUUGAAGAACUCAUUCUUUAAACAUGCACGCUCGAAAGAAUAUUUGGCCCGCACUAUGCUUGGUGGCCUGUCCCCUCUAGGUGAACGUUUUAAGAUGCUUAAGGUAAAAGAAGCUGACAUUCUUGUACAAAAUAAAGCAAUGUAUGAGGACAAGGAGCAGUUAUCACAGCAAGAGUACAUUCGUGGAAUCAGUGCAUGGAAUUUCAAUUUGGAGGAUCUGAAGAAUCAAGCUGCUCUUAUUCCAGAUGAUCUUAUACUGAAUUCAGAAGAAACAAGUGUUAGUGGGAGGCAUGCAGAUGGACAAGAUGAUGGAUCUCCUGUGGUGGGGAUGUACUUGGAGAGGACUAAUCAUUCUAAAGCUGCAUCUCAAUCAGAGGAUGAGCUCAGUGAUAUACAUAAUCUGGAGAGUUCUCUUGCUGCAUUCCCUAUGAAACCUCUUGAGGCUCUCAAGACUUGUUUCGAUUUUUCGGAGGAUGAUAUUGGUGGUGGUGCAGAUUCUGAACAGCAAAGUCAACAACAGUCAUUCACAAGUUGUGUGGAUCAAGAAGCAGCAAUGUAUGCUGGUGGGGAUUCUGGUCGAGUUGGCUCCAUAUCACAUUCUGGAAUUGCAGGGCAUAGAAAUUUUUCCAGUGGCCAAUUGAUACCGGAUAAUGUACUCUCUCCUAAAAGGUUUAUGGGUGAUGGAGAUAGGGAAUAUCUACAACCAAGACAUCUGAGAGAAAGGAAUUAUAGUGGUCCACUGCAGUAUCGUCCAAAGAAAGACUUUAGUAGUUCUAUUGCUGGGGAGGAUGCAUCACAAGGGGCUGUUGUUGAACGGAAAGGACGUUUCAAAGUUACUUCGGCAGAUAUGAGUGCUAAGGGUCCUAUAAACUUCUUUAGCCCAAUUUCUGGUGGUUCCACAAACUCAAGGAUGGCUAGCUCUGCAGCUUCUUCGUUUCUCCAGUCAUUGAGAUUCAUCCUGCAGCAGAACACCAAACAAAGAGAAGAGUUACUUAAAAUGAUCAAGUUUGUCGAAGAAACCUCCGGCAAUUCUGCUGAGUUAACAGAGGCUUCAAUGUUCGACCUUUCGCAGAUUGUCCCUCCUGCUUCUGUCAAGGAGCAAGAGUUGCAAGCUCAGCUUAUUCAAAUGCAACAACGGGUUGGAAGUCUGGUUGAAGAAGUACAGAGAGUGAAGACUAAAAAUGUUCAGUUGGAAAGAAGAUUAAAUUCAAUGCCCAGGCAAGACGACAGGACACGAGAAUGAUAAGUGUGUUUCUCCCCCCUCACCAUUCCUUUCACGUCUCAUCUUUCUUGAGUCAGUUUUUCAUGCACAGCUCCUAUAUAGCAACGAGUUUUCAGCAUAUUCCAGGUAUAUAUAUAUAUAUAUUACUGGGGGGAUACACGGGUGUAUAAAGGCGCAGACUUUCUAGUUGCUAUUAUUAUUCCUCUGCUAUUGUAAUUAACUUAUUUCGUACCCGACCUCCAAAUCGCAAUCCUUGAACCAAAUGCUGGAUGUUUCUUUUGGCUUACUGCUGCACAGUGCACAGUAUGUAAAUCAUUUCAAGAAUCCCAUACAAGGUGUAAAUCAAGUGAGUCAAAACUGUUUAUAUAUCAGGAAAUUGGGGAGAGUAUAUGCUUCAGGAGAAUUCUUGCCCCAGGCUUUUCGGUGUACUAUUGCGAGACUUGCAAACCUUCACCACAUUCCAGGAUAAAAACUUGUCUCUAGGUUGCACGCUGUUAAACGCGCUAUGCCUUCUGUAUAAGCUUGCGUAAACCCAAUCACUAUGUUUGUUUUCAUUUCCAACUUAUUUCCGAGAUAAGUCAAAAU